AUGGCGAAGAGAUCAAAACAGCAAAUUCCUCCAAGUCCGGAUCAUUCUGAAAAUGAUGGAGAAGAUGAGGUUCCUCCCGAAUCUCCACGAGGUAAUACUCCUCCUCAAUCACCUCCACAAACCGAAUCUCCACCUCAUAAAAUUCCAACCCCACCUCCAUCACCGAAACAGACACCUCCAAAGCCAACACCGAAAGUCCCAGUUUCGGUUAUUCCCACUUCCACAACAGAAACCUCUCUACCACAUCCACUAGUUUCUACUGUUUCCAUUUCUCUAACAACCUUAUCAGCUCCAAUUACCCAUACCACCACCACUACACUUCCAGAACAAACAGCAAGGGUCAACGUAUCUGAUACGGGGGCACCUACUGAAACCGAACCCCCAGUCAUCACUAAACCCAUCUCUCCAACCCACUCAACAGAGUCAGGUGCUACUCUGGGAGGCGACAAUGAUGAGUAUGACUCUACAUACUUUAGUCCCUAUAGACUUCAGUCUGAUGAAGACACUGAUACUCCUAUCAACCGCCAACAUUUACAGAGCAUUCAUGAGAAGCUGGAUAAGCUGCUUGCGGAUAAUAAAGCUUAUGGCGGGGUUGUUCUCAAAGCUUUUGUGGAAACAACUAUAGAUCAAUAUACACAAGCUAUGGAUAAAUCAACUGAUGCCAUCAAGGAAUCAACUUCAACUUGCAAGAAAGCAUCUGCUAAUGUUGCUGAAGUUAUUCGCACCACGCAGAUAUUUAUAGAUUCUUUGAAAGGGCAUGCUGAUACGAAUGCUGCCAAAAUUCGUGAAUCAGUUGGAUCUUUCUCACAGUCUUUGAAGGAAGAACAACAGAUUUUUGAUGAUGUUCGUUCCUCUAUCAAAGCUGACAACGCUUCUCUGAUCGGUUCAGUAUCUUCUCGACUGGACUCACUGCAUGUUGACAUUGCCAAAGAGAGUGCUUUGAAGGAAGAGAUAGCUCGUCAAGCCUCUACAAUUGCAGUUCAGCAAGUCCAACUUGCUCAAUCAGAGAAGGAAAUUUCCUUGUUGAAAACAGAGAGAGCUGUCUUCCGCAGUUGUGCAAACGAUGUCAAGGACAUGUUGACCAAUCUCCUUGGUGCUCAUGAUCCAAUUCUCACUCUCACCAUCCGCAAUCAUUUAACUACCAAACUGCUCCCUGCUCUUGCCAUGCUUCAUGAAAUGAAAGGUUCUGGUCCAACUGAAAAGCUGAAACAGAUUGUUAACGACAGUGAUAGUGAUGUUGAAACUAUCACUGAUGCCCUUAAAAGAAAGAAGAGAGAUAAAGAAUUAGAUGAAAAUUUAAAAAUCACAAAGGAGGCUGAGGAAAUAGAGAGGCGCAAUAAAGAAGAAGAAGAUAUCUUGCAGUGUAAGAAGGCUCUGUUUCCUGAAUGGACGAGAGAUGUGUUGAUCAGUCAAGCAAUUGAGUCACCGAGUGUCUAUUGGUUAGAACCGAUUGCCUCUUUUGACUACGACAAUUCAAAGGACUCACAAUUUGAUAUGCCAAUUACAAGGAAGUCAUUUACAUUUCAUUGUUUUGACUCAACUGUUGAGGUUCCUUUUCCAAAUCCAAAGCUUGACUGA